AUGCUUGUCGUAGGGACUGGAGAAAGUAUAGGGUACAAUCAUGUGGAACGAUUAUCAGAUAAAUAAUAGAUGAAAUUCAUUGCAUGACAAUAAUUAAUAAGACAUAAUCGAAAAUUAACAAAAUUCUUCUUAUAGGAAUAACAUUAACUAACAUAAAUAGGAUUUUUUCCAAUCGCAGGUUGGAGGUGUUCAGAACAUUGCUUUAUCUUACAACGAAAAGGGUCAAUUUAAGGGUAUUGCUACUAUAAUUUUCAAAUCUAGUAAGUCUGCUAGUAAGGCUGUUGAAAAGUAUAAUGGUGCUCCAAUUGAUGGUGGAUCUUCUAAAUUGAAAUUAGAAUUAAUUGUUGAUCCUACUAAGAAGCCAUUAACCUCAAGAAUUGCCCCUAACAAGGUUACUGGUCCUAAGGCCGCUGGCCCUAAGGUUGCCAACCCUAAGCUUGCUGCGGCCAAAGCUGCUGCUAAGGCUAACUUGAAGAGUAAGAAGGAUAAGCCUGCUCAAGCAAAGAAGCCAGCUAAGAGAUCUAAGAAGACUGUUGAACAAUUAGAUCAAGAAAUGGCCGAUUAUUUCGAUAACUGA